GCCUUGCUUAUGUAUUGGUGACGACGAGCUCUCGCACACCCGACCCUCUGCACCACCCAGCCCAAACCUUACCUACCAUCACGACCCAUAUGCUCUCCAGAUUACGAUAAACGAACCUGAUCCACCCAAACUGCUACAAACUUGGCGUAAACCCGCGCUGAGGCGCCAGCGUGAGCCCGAGACAAGAUGGCUGCCUUUGUCAGAGUCUCGGGGCCGCCAAAUAGUAACUUUCUCGUGGGAUACCCCGGGAUUUCGGCGACCCUUCCUCGUAUAGAAGGCAAGGUUGAGAUCAGACCCCUCACUGGGAUUUCUGCGCCUGUUGCGAUAUCUCUGGUCCGGAUCUGUUUACAAAGACGAGAGACGAUACACCCCUCCGCCGAGUCGAUAGCGAAGAAACACCUGGGGACGCCGAGAAGGGAGACCACAGAUGUUGUGGGGAAAGAGCUGCUUUUAUUCCGAUGUCCGGCUGGGAGGGAAUCAGAGAGUGUGGUGUUGAUGGACCUACCGUUCGUACUGUUCAUACCAUUUGGUAGAGGAGGGGAAGAGACGAAUAGAAGGAUACCUCCAGCUUCAUUACAGCUUCCAAGUCGAACCGCGGAGACAUUCUACGAGCUAGUAGUGACAGUUCAGCAAGGCCAGGAACAAAAGAAGUUCGCAUUCCCAGUACCAAUACAGAGAUAUGAUACCCUUUCGACUUUUGGAAUGUACAAUCGACCCGAAGCUGCGGAGAAGACAUCGGAUCAUUUGGUUACGUUAGGCAUAUCGUUACCUCGGUGGUCAUACGGCCCCUUGGACCCUGUGAGCGUUUACAUCAAGCUUUCGCCAAAUCCGGAUUGGAUGAGCAAGGCGAAGAAAGUCACGAUUCAGAAAAUUACUAUUGGGAUAGAAGAGGAAAUCACAUACAAUCCUGAGGGAGACGAGCCAACGAAGAAGGUCAAUCGGAUAGCCAAGCAUACACAAACGGUCGGGGUCAGAAUGCCCGAGGCUGGAUACUUCACUAAUCUUGGCCUCGUAUUUCCAUCCAAAGAGCUACGGGACCCAGAAGGAAUCAUCCGUCGAGGGAAGGCUGCAUUUCCAAUGUAUGCAGUCAAUUCAUUCACUACUACAGGAACUCUUUACAAGAUCGAGUUCUUCCUGAUUAUCAAGGUAUUUGGAUUUUCCAUAUUAUCAUAUCUGUGCUAACGCAGUCAGGCACAUAUGUCCGCAGCUAGAGACAUUGUCUUGAGGCAACCAAUUGUGGUAUGCCCACUCGAUCAACAGGACUGUAAAGAGGAAAUGGAUGCAAUAGAGCAAGCCGCUAAGGACGCAUCACACGUCGAUCCUCACAAUCCAAUGUUACCCGCGUGCACAAUCAUUCGAGCAAACGACAAGGAAGCACUACGAGCAUUGGGAUGGACGAUGGUGGGAGGGCAACGGAAGAUGGUGAUCGAAUGACGAAUCUUAACCAACCUGUAUCGAUCUACAGAAUCACAACCUGCGACGACGGAGAUACCGAUUCCCAUGCUCUGCCUCCAUGCCAUUCCAAGGGGACGAAACUCCGCAUUGAAGCAACUGCGGAUUUUCGAUCACGUCAAGCAUACAACCCGGAGGACUUUGGCGUACAAGGUGGAGGCGGGCUAAUAUACCCAUAUUUUGGCUGAAGCAAAUCACCGCCGCAUACUGGAAGAGAAGAGAAGAGAUAAUGACAUUUGCAAGGAUUUAUGGGGCGGCAGCGAGUGAAAUAUCCAGGAUUAGUAAGACCACUGGAUACUAUUUCCAGGACGAUUUUCUACCUAAUCUGUCCACCAAUUUUGAGGGCUGGAUAUGAUGGAUGGAUGAACAUGUUGGAUGAUCAUGAGUAAAUGACCAUUCUUGUACGACGUACAUUUUAGUUGAUAAUGAGAAGAGACGAGACGAGAUGAGAUAAGAGAUUUUACGAUAGUCUAGGAAGACGAAAUGAUACCAACCCAGUUCUUGCC